AUGGAUAUUAUUACAGAUGCAGACCUUUCUGGUGCCAAACCUGCUACAACUCCUUUACCUAAAGGCUUCAAGUUUUGUUCUACUGAGGAUACUUUAUUUGCUAAUCCUGAUCAAUAUCACAGAUUGGUUGGCAGACUUCUUUAUCUUGGCUUCACCCGACCUGAUCUUGCUUAUGCAGUUCAGCAGCUCAGUCAACAUGUUCAACAUCCCUGCACUCAUCAUUGGGAAGCUACUGUUCAUGUUCUUCAUUACUUGAAGGGUUAUCCUUCCAAAGAUUGGGCUUCUUGUCCAACUACUAGAAAGUUUUUAACUGGUUAUUGUGUUUAUCUUGGUUCUUCUCUCAUCUCUUGGAAAACCAAGAAACAGACCACUGUCUCCAGUUCUUCUGCUGAAGCUGGAUAUCGCAGCCUUGCCUCUACUGACUGCAGACUGAGGCAGUAUUGGCAGUUGGCAAGUUAG